AUGAUCAGCCAAAAAUUAUAUGAAAAAGAGCGUAAAAAAUCUUUAUCAGAAGAUGAUUUUUUCAUUUUAUUUACGUUUUCAGAUAAUAUCAAUAUAGAAUUUCUAGAACAAUCUGAAAUUGUAGAUAAUAAAGUUUUUAGUGACUAUUUUAGGCUAUUUGCCAAUAGAGUAUACAAGAUUUUGCGAGAAGGUUGUGAAGAAGUAUCAGGAACUGACUGGGAACUAAAGUGA